UUAAACGUUCUGUGGUAGUUCUAUGUUGUCCGCCAUGUUUACUAAAGGUGAAUUAUUAUUGUCAGAUAAAUAAAUUAUAUAUUGUUAUAUAGUGCCAGAAAAUGGAAGAAACGAAAGUUAUAUAUCAUAUAGAUGAUGAAGAAACCCCAUAUUUAGUGAAAAUACCGAUUUCCCCGGAUAAAGUUACAUUAGUGGAUUUUAAAAAUGUUCUCAACAGGCCUAACUACAAAUUUUUCUUUAAAUCGAUGGAUGAUGAUUUUGGUGUCGUUAAAGAAGAAAUUAUAGAAGAUUCUGCAAUUCUACCAUGUUUUAACGGAAGAGUAGUUAGUUGGUUGGUAUCAGCUGAUGGUUCCAAUCAUUCUGAUGGAGGUUCUCAAUGUACAGACAGUGUAACACAUCAAUCAGAAACAAGAUUGCCGCCGCCACCAGUAAGCGAAUCUGUUUGUACUGACACGGAGAGUAUUAUAAGUUCAAGACAGGGUAGAAGACACCACAAAUACUCUUCACGUAUUAACGGACAUCUUCCAAGGGUAUAUGAAACUGCUUCGAUAGUAAGUUCAGAUUUAGAAACUACCAGUUUUCAAUCGGAAACGACAGGAAGACAUACCGCUUUAUCAGAAUGUUCGAGCGUUAGUAGAUUGCAAGUUGCUGGUCGCAAACGACCCCAAAGACGACGUAAACAAAGACUACAGGCAAUGUCUCGGACAAGUUCUUAUUCAAGCAUCACAGAUUCUACAAUGUCUUUAAAUAUAAUUACCGUUACUCUAAACAUGGACACAGUCAACUUCUUGGGUAUUUCAAUUGUUGGUCAAAGUAAUAAAGGUGGAGAUGGAGGCAUAUAUGUCGGAUCCAUAAUGAAAGGGGGAGCAGUAGCUUUAGACGGCAGGAUAGAACCUGGUGACAUGAUAUUACAGGUGAAUGAUGUAAAUUUUGAAAAUAUGUCAAACGAUGAAGCUGUUAAAGUAUUAAGAGAAGUUGUACAAAAACCCGGACCGAUUAAACUAGUCGUUGCCAAAUGUUGGGAUCCCAAUCCUAAAGGUUACUUCACAAUACCACGAACAGAACCUGUCAGACCUAUUGAUCCGGGUGCUUGGGUGGCGCAUACAGCUGCAGUUCGAGGGGAUCCGGUGGCGAGACCACCGAGUAGUUCAACUUUAUCAAGCUCAUCAAUAGCUAGCACGAUACCUGCCAAUGAACGUGAGUGUCUUCUAGGUCCUGAUAUGGAGGAACCAUUGUCUGUAAAUUCCCCAAUGUCUCAAGUGGUUCAAGCGAUGCAAAGAGCGGACAGCGGAUUAGAAAUUCGGGACAGAAUGUGGCUCAAAAUAACAAUUCCUAAUGCUUUUAUUGGUACUGACAUGAUAGAUUGGUUACUGACACAUAUUGAAGGUUUUCAAGAAAGAAGAGACGCAAGAAAAUACGCUUCGCAUUUAUUGAAAGCUGGAUUUAUCAGACAUACGGUCAAUAAAAUUACGUUCUCCGAACAGUGCUAUUACAUAUUUGGCGAUCUUUGUUCUGCAAUGACCAAUCUCAAAAUACAGGGUGAUACAGAUAGCGUGGGACCUUUACCGAACGUUCCUAAUUACAUGCCAUAUAGCGGUACAUACAAUCCAUUGGAAUAUAUGCCGAUGCCAUUUUACAGCGAAAAUACAGUGUACGGUUACAAUAAGGAGGAAUCCGUUUUAAGUGGAAGCGGUGGUUCAUCAGGAGGUUCAGAACACUUAAAAGAUACUGCAGCUGGUCACAGCAGCGCUUCCGACAGCGACAUCACUUCCUUAGGACCUCGUUCUUCGGCCGUACCAAAAACCAGCGGAAACGGAAAUGGUAGUUCGAACGGUUCAGAACAGAGCAGCGGAACUCAAGUUUCGACAAAUCCACAGUCAAAAGACAUUGCCGGUAGUAGACAAUCUUUUAAAAUUGCCAUGGGUAAUCCAUGUGAAAUGUUUGUGGAUGUUAUGUAGAAUGUGACUGAUUAUUAUUUAUCUUUUUAUUGAGUCGACAGUUUGAUUUUCAAAAAAAUUACUUUCGAAAAUGAUUUUUCUUUUUAAUCACGUUACUAUAUUAAAAUAUUUUAUUUUUUUAACGUCUACUCAAUAAAAUUGAUGUACAAAGUUUUUUGCAAAUUGGUUAUUUCUGAUCGUUUUCCAAUUUGACAUAUUUUUGAAAUAAUUUUCGAUAUAACUGUUGAAAUAUUCGAAAAUCUAAGAACUCACAGUUUUACUGUCAAGAAGAAGCAAGUUCUAGGUUUAAUCUAUUCUCCAUAUAUCCAAAAAAACUCUCUAUACUUGAAAUGAAAAUUAGAAGUUAAGUACAGAGUUAUUCCACUCGUCUAUAGAAUGAAAUUAAUUUGAAACAUCUUAUCAAUAACCACAUACAGGAUAUACAAAAAUUCUCUUGUCAAGACCAAACUACAGAUAGUUCAUAGUAGAAUUGUGCGUGGCCGUUGAGCACUUGAUGUUUCCUUUGAGAAGCUUUAACCUUUUGAUGUCAUUAAGUUGCGAGGCUUGUACAAGCGUUUGAACCGCGCUGUAACCCCGAUGUUAGUGCUGGGUACUCACAGUUGAUGUGGUCUACAGUUUCAUCCUCCUCCAUGCACCAGCAGAAAUCCGGAUCGUCCGUGAUGCUCAUGGUGGUGAGUUGGCGUCUUAGAUGUCCAUGUCGGGUUAAAAAAACCGCUCCCAGGUCGCAUUUCGCGCCUAUUUAGUUGGUGUGAGACGCAUAAGGUCUAACUAUGUGUGCUUUCGCGAUAUCAACACUUUUAGCUACAUCAAUGAUGAGUUCGCAGAUCCCAAUCUUACUGGUGAGUCCGUCUGACAAGCCAUAUUUUGUAGGACUAGCCUAGAGCACACCUUUUCAUCUGUUAAGAGUCAUAUGUCAGCUCUGGUAUCUGAGCAGAUUGAGCAGAAGCCUGCUCCGGCUAAGCCUUUUCUCCUGGAGCCGUCUGUGUACCAGGCGAUUCUAUUAUUCAGUAUAGCAGGCUUGGAGUCACUGAUUCACUGCUCCAGCUCAGUGAUAUGAGGGCCGAGGACGUUAAAACCUUAUUUUUUUAGAAGUAGAUUCGUUUCUCUCUGUCACACCUUCGUUUUUUUGGGGCUCAAAUCGUCCCCUGUCUCAAUUUCCUUUCUUAUGUGUCGUAUCUUAACUCUAACUCUACAUAACUUUUAAAAACUUUAAGCAAUCAGGAAAAUCCUCGAAAUCAAAAUAAUAUACAUAAUUUGCAAAGGGAAAAGUGCAAUUGCGAUUUUUUUUGUUAGCCUAGACCCAUGUGAAUUGUACCAAAAUGAAAAUGCAAUUUUUCAAACCGUUUACGUGACUACUACAAUACCAACACUCACCAUUACAACGUCUUCUAGUCUCCGAAGACGAUAACUUGGUUAUCGAAACGAUUCUCAGACGGUGUGAUUGUGAGUGUUAGUAUCGAUGGUGUUUUAAUUGGUUCCAGGAUAAUGAAAUUGUUCCCGAAAAAUGGAAGACUUGCCUGGGAUUUACGACACUACUACAACAAUAAACACUCACCAUUACAACGUCUUCUAGUCUCCGAAAACGAUAACUUGGUUAUCCAAACGAUUCUCAGACGGUGUGAUUGUGAGUGUUAGUAUCGAUGGUGUUUUAAUUGGUUCCAGGAUAGUGAAAUUUUUCCCGAAAGAUGGAAGACUCACCUGGGUUUUAUGGCACGUAGAAAUCCUUGCUGUACCUGCAGAAUACUUUUAAUGCUAUUAACGUCAUACCAUAUAAAAAAAUUUUAUUUUAUCUUUUUCACUUUUGUUUAUAUUAUAAUUAUGGUGGAUGGUACAAUCAUGGAUUAAGUGGUAAAACCACAUCAAAUAAAUCUUUUCGUACCAUCGAAUUUAUAAUACAUAUUUAAUGUUGCAUAUUUGUUUUGGUAUAAUUUAUUAUGCGUCUGGGGGGUUCGUUUAUAUUAUUUUUUUUUUAUUUGCAAAAAACUUGGUAUAUUGGAACACAUUAUGUGUUUGCAUUUAUUUAACACUAGUUAACUUAGGCACAAAUUUACAUGUCUGCUGCUUUUUAUGUAGAUUUUACAUAACUUUUUUUUCAAUUUUUCAAUUUUUUUUGUAUAUUUUAAACAUAUAUAUAUAUAUAUAUUUAUAAAUUUUA